GAAACACAGAGAGAGAGAGAGAGAGAGAGAGAGAGAGAGAGAGAGAGAGAGAGAGAGACAGACUUAUGAUGCAGAAAGAAACAUAAACAGGAGAUCAACGUUUCCUGACCAGCGACGCACAGGAAUGAAAACAUCCACCUGGACCUCAUCUCCCUUCCCUGUGCUGCGGGAUCCAUUCCUCCUGAGCGUACCUGCUUUGUUCCUACUGGCCAUUGUUGUUCGGAGCUAAUGGUCUCGGACUGCACCAGUGAGGGAGAGCCUUGUGCUACCGGACCUCCCGGGGCCGCGCUCUCAGCCCUCAUACCGGGUCAUGUGACACCCCUUUCAACACUAAUCACUCGGCUGAUGGCCAUCGAGGUGGAGGGAGGAGGGAGGGGGGGGGGCAUAUUGUGUUGUCGACCGGGAGGUUUAACGUAGACAAAGCACCCUGGCUUUUAAAAUAUUAAAAAACUGAAUAUAACAGCGGUUUGGUCCACGGAGAUACAAAUAAAAAUAAAAGAGUAACAAAAAAAGCGAUGUCAUCGAAGCGUCUUAAUAAAUAAGCAGCAUUUUUUUUUUUUUAAACAAGCAAUGAAAAUCUAGGAAUAUCAGCAUGUUUCCUAUUCUCAUGCAGCGCUGCUCCUUGAACGUCACAAGACUGAUACUUGUAGUUUUAAAAAAAAGUUUACUCAUUUUUAAAAGUAAAGUAUCUAUAAAAGAGUCAUCCGACAAUAAAAUAAGUUAAUAUAUCGAUUGUGAAGAUGUGUUGCGACCCAACAGCCUUAUUAUUUACCACGUUGACGUGCAGCUGGACAACAGGUGUUAUGACACACAACGACCACUAGAUGGACCCCAACACAAAGAAUUGACACCGGAUACAGCUGCUCAGCGGGGCAUGAAGAAGACAAAAAUUCAACUUACUGAGUAUGAAAAUUCAUAUAAAAUUACCCAUAUUUCUCCUAUAUGUUCAUAAAUGUAUAUCGAGUAGCACGCUUUGAUUUGAGGAUGAAUCACAACUUAAAGUUCUGUCAUAUCGACAAUAAUUGUGCAAGAUAUUGGAAAAACAAGCAGCAGAAUUAACGGUCGUAAAGUUAAAUGAUGAGACUAAUGUGAAUAAGUAUCCGUGGAUUUAAAUGGUGGUGAGUGAAAACAGGUUUUAAACACUAACUCUGCUUUGCUACCAUGUUCUAGUGUUGCAUUAGUAUUAUUAUAAAAGGGCGUACAGUUAAUUUGUGGACCUCUUCUGGUUGAAGUAAAGCUUUUUAAAUACACACUCCCUCCCCUGAUAGGUAAAGCAUCACCAUUGCUCUAUAUUAUAUAAUUGUUCCGGCCCAAGAGGCGGAGCCACCCUGAAGAGGAGAGCUGCUGCGUCACACUCAGGAAACGAGAGUUAACUUCAGUCAGAAACACUGCAGUCGAGACGAGUCUCUGCUUUUCCCUCAGAGACGAUUCAAAGUGACGUCUUCAGGUUUUUCUCAACAACUCAACAGAGUCUCUUCCAAACACUGAUAUGGCGGAUGCACACUUUCUGCCAUCUGAAGAUCAGUUCCUGUGCCCAAUCUGUCUGGAUGUGUUCACUGAUCCAGUCAGCACGUCAUGUGGACACAACUUCUGCAAAAAGUGCAUCAAUGCACACUGGAAUACCAACAACCGGAACAUGUGUCCGAUGUGUAAAAAGGUUUUCUUCUCAAGACCUGAGCUGCUCGUUAACACCUUCAUCUCCGAGAUGGUUUCUCAGUUCAGACAGUCGACUCAACGGAAAGCUCGGAGCUCAAGGAAACAGGUUGCCAAACCAGGAGAAGUUCCCUGUGACGUCUGCACUGGAACCAAACUGAAGGCCCUGAAGUCCUGCCUGGUGUGUCUGGUCUCCUACUGUGAGACUCACCUGGAGCCUCACCUGACAGCUUCACGCCUGAAGAGACAUCAGCUGAUGGACCCUGUGGAGAACCUGGAAGACAGGAUGUGUCUGAAGCACGAUAAACCUCUGGAGCUGUUCUGUAGGACCGACCAGACGUGUGUCUGCAUGCUCUGCAGUGUGUUGGACCACAAGAUGCACGAUAUUCGUCCUCUGGGAGAAGAAUGUGAAGGAAAGUUAGCCGAGCUGGGGAAGACGGAGGCUGAAAUUCAGCAGAUGAUCCUGAAGAGACAAGUGAAGAUUCAGGAGAUCAGACACUCAGUCAACCUCAGUGAGGAAGAUGCAAACAGAGAGAUAGUAGAAGGUAUCAAGGUCUUCACGGAUCUGAAGGAGUCUGUGGAGAGAGGCCAGGCCAAUCUUAUCAACACAAUCAGAGCAAAGCAAAGAAAGAAAGCAAAACAGGCGGAAGUGGUCAUCAGAGAGCUGGAUCUGGACAUUUUGAAGCUGUUGAAUAGACGCACUGCAGUGGAGCGUCUUUCACGCUAUGAAGACCACCUCCACCUCCUCCAGAGUGUCCAGUCCCUCAACAUCCACCAUCCACCACCCACCAAGGACUGGUCUCAGGUCAGUGUUCCUCCAGCAUCACAUGAGGGGACUGUGAGGAGAGCUGUGUCUCAGCUGGAGGAGACGCUCAGUAACAAGAUGAAGAUGCUAUUUAAAGCCGAGGUGAAGAGGGUCCAGAAGUUUGCAGUGGACGUGACUCUUGAUCCACGCCUCAUCCUGUCUGAUGACGGUCUUGACGAUCCAGAGAGAUUUUCUGAUUGCGUUUGUGUCUUAGGAAAGCAAAGUUUCUUCUCAUGGAAAUCGUACUUUGAGGUUCACGUUAAAGGAAAGACUGACUGGGAUGUAGGAGUGACCAGAGAGUCGGUCAACAGGAAGGGAAAGAUCACACCGAGUCCUCAGAACGGUUACUGGACUAUACGGUUGAGAAAUGGAAAUGAGUACAGAGCCUCUGCUGGUCCUUCAGUUCUUCUCUCCCUGAGGUCUGGGCCUCAGAAGGUGGGGGUGUUUGUGGACUAUGAGGAGGGUCUGGUCUCCUUCUAUGACGUAGAAGCUGCAGCUCUCAUCUACUCCUUUACUGGCUGCUCCUUCAAGGAGAAGCUCCUCCCAUACUUCAGCCCCUGUAAUAAUAACGGUGGUAAAAACGCUGCACCUGCAAAAAGCUCGCCUGUCAAAUUGAAACGAAAGUUAAGUUCAGAGUCAGAAACACUGCAGUCGAGACGAGUCUCUGCUUUUCUCUCAGAGACGAUUCAAAGUGACGUCAUCAGGUUUUUCUCAACAACUCAACAGUCUCUUCCAAACACUGAUAUGGCUGCUGCCAGCAACCUGCUGUCUGAAGAUCAGUUCCUGUGCUCCGUCUGUCUGGAUGUGUUCACUGAUCCAGUCACAACACCAUGUGGACACAACUUCUGCAAAAAGUGCAUCAAUGAUUACUGGAGUACCAACAACCAGAACAUGUGUCCACUGUGUAAAAAGGUUUUCUUCUCAAGACCUGAGCUGCACGUCAACACCUUCAUCUCCGAGAUGGUUUCUCAGUUCAGACAGUCGACUCAACGGAAAGCUUGGAGCUCAAGGGAACAGGUUGCCAAACCAGGAGAAGUUCCCUGUGACGUCUGCACUGGAACCAAACUGAAGGCCCUGAAGUCCUGCCUGGUGUGUCUGGCCUCCUACUGUGAGACUCACCUGGAGCCUCACCUGACAAUGUCAGGCCUGAAGAGACAUCAGCUGAUGGACCCUGUGGAGAACCUGGAAGACAGGAUGUGUCUGAAGCACGAUAAACCUCUGGAGCUGUUCUGUAGGACCGACCAGACGUGUGUCUGCAUGCUCUGCACUGUGUUGGACCACAAGAUGCACAAUGUUGUUCCUCUGAAACAAGAAUGUGAAGGAAAGAAGGUGGAGCUGCAGAAGACAGAGGCUGAAACUCAGGAGAUGAUCCAGAAGAGACGCCUGAAGAUUCAGGAGGUCCAACACAACGUGAAGCUCAGUGAGGAAGAUGCAGACCGAGAGAUAGUAGAAGGUGUUCUGGUCUUCACGGCUCUGAUGGAGUCUGUGGAGAGAAAACUGAACGAGCUUAACGACGCGAUCAAAGCAAAGCAGAGCAAAAAGGAAAAACAGGCCGAAGCUGUCAUCAGAGAGCUGGAACAGGAGAUCUCUGAUCUGAUGAAGAGGAGCACUGAGGUGGAGAAGCUCUCCCUCUCUGAAGACCACCUCCACCUCCUCCAGAGUGUCCAGUCCCUCAACAUCCACCAUCCACCACCCACCAAGGACUGGUCUCAGGUCAGUGUUCCUCCAGCAUCACAUGAGGGGACUGUGAGGAGAGCUGUGUCUCAGCUGGAGGAGACGCUCAGCAAAAAGAUGAAGAAACUGUUUAAAAUUGAAGUAAGGUGGGUCCAGAAGUUUGCGGUGGACGUGACUCUUGAUCCUGAAACAGCAAAUCCUGACCUCAUCCUGUCUGAUGACAGGAAACAAGUGAAACAUGGUGAUGUGACGAAGAAUCUCCCAGACAACCCAGAGAGAUUUUCUUAUUGUAACUGUGUCUUAGCAAAGCAAAGUUUCUCUUCAGGCAGAUUCUACUUUGAGGUUCAAGUGAAAGACAAGACUGACUGGGAUGUAGGAGUGGUCAGAGAGUCCAUCAACAGGAAGGGAAACAUCAGACUGAGUCCUGAAGAUGGUUGUUGGAUUAUAUGGUUGGCAAAUGGAAACGAGUAUGAAGCUCUUGACGCACCGUCAGUCAGUCUCUCCCUGAGGUCUGGGCCUCAGAAGGUGGGGGUGUUUGUGGACUAUGAGGAGGGUCUGGUCUCCUUCUAUGACGUAGAAGCUGCAGCUCUCAUCUACUCCUUUACUGGCUGCUCCUUCAAGGAGAAGCUCCUCCCAUACUUCAGCCCUGAUAGUAAUGAGGGUGGUCAAAACUCUGCUCCUCUGAUCAUCUCUCCUGUCAGAGGUCGAUGGGGUGCACCGCUGAUCCCCGCUGUGAUUGGGUGAGAGGCCGUUCACAGGGGGGGCCUGGGGAGAAGCCACAGCGCUCGGAAACUAGUUUUUCGACGUCGACCAGCUGCAACGGCCAAACCGAGCCACCCGGACAUCGCAUUUGGCACGCGGAACUUUGAGUAGAUGAGACAAUUAUUCUUUUUUUGCUCUUUUUGAUGCACAGCCACUGAAAAUAUAUUGCCGACUGUCAUUGUUACAUGAAGCUUAAUUUAAGGCGAAAGGGCUUUUACAUUCCUCUGGUGUCUUUAGAACAGAGUUAAUCCUUGUGUUGCCUUAGGGUCAUUUUGACCCGAAUCAAUAUUACACCCUCCCCCCGCCUUUGGGUCAUUUUGACCCGAUUCAAUGUUUCACCCUCCUGUUCUUUAUAUUUACUAACAUAUUUUACCCUUUGGGUUCAAUUUGA